AUGGGCGCCGCCCAGUCCACGUCCGAGGAGGUCCGCGAGCUCGUGGGCAAGACCGGCUUCUCCUCGGACCAGAUCGAGCAGCUCCACCGGAGGUUCAAGCAGCUGAGCGGAGACCAGCCCACCAUCCGCAAGGAGCACUUCAACAACGUGCCUGACCUGGAGCUCAACCCGAUCCGAUCCAAGAUCGUCCGUGCCUUCUUCGAUAACCGGAACCUGCGCAAGGGGCCCAGCGGCCUGGCCGACGAGAUCAACUUCGAGGACUUCCUCACCAUCAUGGCCUACUUCCAGCCCAUCGACGUCACCAUGGACGAGGAGCAGGUGCAGCUGUGCCGGAAGGAGAAGCUGCGAUUUCUGUUCCACAUGUACGACUCGGACAGCGACGGCCGCAUCACCCUGGAGGAGUACCGAAACGUGGUGGAGGAGCUGCUCUCCGGGAACCCGCACAUCGAGAAGGAGUCCGCGCGCUCCAUCGCCGACGGCGCCAUGAUGGAGGCGGCCAGCGUGUGCGUGGGCCAGAUGGAGCCUGACCAGGUGUACGAGGGCAUCACCUUCGACGACUUCCUGAAGAUCUGGCAGGGGAUCGACAUCGAGACCAAGAUGCACAUCCGCUUCCUUAACAUGGAGACCAUGGCGCUCUGCCACUGA